CUUAAGCCGCGCUUCACUUAUACAUGUACAUGUACAAGGAACCGUGGCCCUUGGUGAAGCCAGCCGCGCUAGCCCCACUCUGUACCAAGACCCAGCUCAAUCCGUGCGCUCAAUCGCCAUACACACUUCUGCUACUGGAUUAAAGUACGGGAAAAAUGUUGUCUGGGCUGCUUGUCUGCGUGUUGGUGGUGGGGGCGGUGGCUUCCAAACCCGGUAUGCCGAGCGGAGCCGCUCGCGGUGGCCUUCAGGUUGGUCAGGAGGAACCAGAGCGCUGCUGCGCUCCACGCUACUUCACAGCGGAUCACUUUUUGACCUCAACCACUGUCAAGGAGGGCAAGCUAUCGGUUGAGAUUGACGAAGUCAAUGGGGCUUACGACGCUGUGUUCGAGCGACUUGCUCUCAAAGUCGUGGUCGAUUACCUAAAUGGGACAGAGGUCCACCUGAAAUUCAUCGGCUUGUACGAGGAGGGUGUCACCUACACCAUCUUGGAGCAUCAGGGGGAGAGUGUCUGCUUCAAGGGGGAGACACAGGAAAGAUUUCAUGAAGACUGUCUGACCGAGGACUUCAAAUUUAUCGGCAAGACAACCCUGGGUGAUUUUGAUAUGGUCGUGGAGAACUGGUACAGAGUCAGCGAGGACGGGACCGCGCAUACAGUCAAGAGCGUUCAGGAGGAAGGCUGUACACCUGUCGGCGCACUGACCCGCAUGUUGGACUCAGUCACAGGAGACGAAAUUGCUGUUCUGGAAGCCAGAACCUUCAACUUCGAACUGGGAAUCUGCGAUCCGGAGGAAUUCAAACCCCCAGAAAGCUGUGACGAGGGGCGUGCUUUGAAGAAGCCCUCGCCAGAGAUGGUCAAGUUCCACAGCAAGAACAUUCUCGGCCGCCUUUAAACUUCCCUCACAAAUUUGAAGGGGAGGUUCAAGACCAAUUUUGCUUGUUGAAGUAAUUAUAGUUCCAAUCCCAGCUUUUGCUUAGUUAGGCUAAAUGUAUUGGAAAUUGAGAUAAUUAUAUUUUUCCGGACAAUCCCCAUUAUUAACAACAUUUUUGUGUUAACUGAAAUUCAUUCGGUGCAGUUUUGAAGCGCAAGGGAUCGUCGUAUAGGAGUUAUUCACUCAUUUGAAUAAGAAAUGAGAAAUCGUAUCACAAAGCUACUGGAUUUGUAUUAAUAAUCGUUGACUUACCACACUUAUCUCUACAAAAAAAACAACAUUAUUUUUUUUAAGUAGAUUAGGUAACUCUUUUGGUGUUGGCAGUUAUGUUUUUUUCCUUUGGUAAUUCAUGUCAUUCCAAUGUGACAGCUUGACGUUCUCUGUGUAGCAAUAGGCCUACUUUAUCAUGAAAUAAACUUUUUAAAAUAGCUUUACCGCAA